CAAAGGCUGCGCCUGCGCACUGCUCCAGCUACCUCUGCACCGCGCAGGCGUCGGGAGCUUCGUUGCUGCUGUUUGCCUUUUUCUUCGCUUGUGUCGCCCCGUCUUUCCUGCCGCCGAGAUGCCGCGGAUAAUGAUUAAAGGAGGCGUGUGGAGGAACACGGAGGAUGAAAUUCUUAAAGCAGCUGUAAUGAAAUAUGGCAAAAACCAGUGGUCUCGUAUUGCAUCUUUGUUGCACAGAAAAUCUGCGAAGCAGUGCAAAGCCAGAUGGUAUGAGUGGCUGGACCCAAGUAUCAAGAAAACAGAAUGGUCGCGAGAAGAGGAGGAGAAGUUGUUGCAUUUGGCCAAACUUAUGCCAACCCAGUGGAGGACUAUUGCACCAAUCAUUGGGAGAACAGCUGCCCAGUGCCUGGAACACUAUGAAUUUUUACUGGACAAGGCCGCUCAAAGAGACAAUGAGGAAGAAACUGCCGAUGAUCCUCGGAAGCUUAAACCUGGAGAAAUUGACCCAAACCCAGAAACCAAGCCAGCCAGGCCAGAUCCUAUUGAUAUGGAUGAGGAUGAACUUGAGAUGCUUUCUGAAGCAAGAGCUCGUUUGGCUAACACUCAGGGAAAGAAAGCCAAAAGAAAAGCAAGAGAGAAGCAAUUGGAAGAAGCUAGGCGCCUCGCUGCUCUCCAGAAGAGGAGAGAACUGCGAGCUGCAGGGAUUGAGAUCCAGAAAAAAAGAAAGAAGAAAAGGGGAGUAGACUACAAUGCCGAAAUCCCAUUUGAGAAGAAACCUGCCUCAGGUUUUUAUGACACGUCAGAGGAAAACUACCAGGCCCUAGAUGCAGAUUUUAGGAAGUUACGGCAACAAGACUUGGAUGGGGAGCUGAGAUCGGAAAAGGAAGGAAGAGAGCGAAAGAAAGAUAGGCAACAGCUGAAACGGAAGAAAGAGUCUGAUUUACCUUCAGCAAUUCUUCAGACUAGUGGUGUGUCAGAAUUCACUAAAAAAAGAAGCAAGCUGGUGCUUCCAGCUCCUCAGAUUUCAGACACGGAACUUGAAGAAGUUGUCAAAGUCGGCCAAGCAAGUGAGAUUGCACGUCAAACAGCAGAGGAAUCUGGGAUCACAAACUCUGCUUCCAGCACACUCUUGUCAGAAUACAAUGUUACCAACAACAGCAUUGCUCUUAGAACACCUAAAACGCCAGCAACACAGGACAGGAUCCUACAGGAAGCUCAGAACUUGAUGGCUCUUACAAACGUUGAUACCCCCUUGAAAGGUGGUCUUAAUACCCCCCUCCAUGAGAGUGACUUCUCUGGAGUAACACCUCAGAGACAAGUUGUUCAGACUCCAAAUACUGUGCUUUCCACGCCCUUCAGGACUCCCUCUCAUAGAGCUGAAGGCCUGACUCCUCAUAGCGGAAUGACUCCGAAGCCAGUAGUAGGAGUGACUCCAGGCAGAACUCCACUGCGUGAUAAACUAAAUAUUAAUCCUGAAGAGGGAAUGGCGGAUUACAGUGAUCCAUCUUACACAAAGCAUAUGGAAAGAGAAUCCCGUGAAAAUUUGCGUCUAGGGCUUUUGGGUCUUCCUGCCCCAAAGAAUGACUUUGAAAUUGUCCUACCAGAAAAUGCAGAAAAGGAACUUGAGGAUCAUAAUGCAGACGAUACGUAUAUAGAAGAUGCAGCUGAUGCAGAUGCUCGCAAACAGAGUAUUCGAGAAAUGGAGCGUGUAAAGGCACUGAAGCGGAUGCACAAAGCAGUUCAGAAAGAUCUGCCAAGACCCUCUGAAGUAAAUGAAACAAUCCUGAGACCUUUAAAUGUAGAGCCACCUCUAACAGAUUUACAGAAGAGUGAAGAGCUUAUUAAGAAAGAGAUGAUUACCAUGCUUCAUUUUGACCUUGUGCAUCACCCUUAUGGAGAGCUCCCAGGAGGCAAAAAGGGGAAAAUCCCAGGAUUUGGAACCAGUAGCACGGAACACAUAUCUUACCUUGAACACAAUCCUUAUGAAAAAUACUCAAAGGAUGAUCUCAAGAAGGCUGAAGAACACUUGGCUCAAGAAAUGGAAGUGGUGAAGCAAGGAAUGGGACAUGGAGAGCUUUCACAUGAAGCUUACAACCAAGUGUGGGAAGAAUGUUACAGCCAGGUGUUAUUCCUCCCUGGGCAGAAUCGCUACACACGAGCUAACUUGGCCAGUAAAAAAGACAGAAUUGAGUCACUUGAGAAGAGACUAGAGAUUAACAGGGGUCACAUGACUACAGAAGCUAAGAGGGCUGCCAAGAUGGAAAAAAAGCUGAAGAUAUUACUUGGUGGUUAUCAGUCCCGAGCAAUGGGGCUCAUAAAGCAAUUAAAUGACUUGUGGGACCAAAUUGAACAAGCUCAUCUUGAAUUGCGCACAUUUGAGGAGUUAAAGAAACAUGAAGAUGCUGCCAUCCCUAGGAGAUUGGAGUGUCUAAAAGAAGAUGUCCAGAGGCAGCAAGAGAGAGAGAAAGAACUUCAGCAGAGAUUUGCAGAAUUCAUGUUGGACAAGGAAACUUUUCAGUCAAAAUAUUAAGCCACACAUCUUGCUUAAGCCACCUCUUGUAACAUUUUUCAAAUGAAAUGGAUUUUUGAGCUAUAGGAGGCAAAAAAUAUCUAACACAAGCGAAUUUGGCACAUGGUUUUAAAUGGUUAAUUGUACCACAAGGUCAUGCACCUUUUUGCUUUGUAAUGAGGGAGAGUUGGAUUUAAACACAUACACCCUGAUCCAAACGAUAAUUUGCACACACUAAAGAUUAUUGUGCAAGGUAGAAAUUCCACCAUCUGUGACUGGUUAUGUGAUGAUCCUUGCUGAAUCAUAACCACAUCUGUGCUCCUUCACAAACUGAUAUUUUGAUAUUAAAAGGAAAAAUCAGCAGACUCUCUUUAAUCACAUCACCAUUUGCUAAAUGUACUGUUCCCUUGUAUUUUACCUUGCUGAGAGUUACAAUACACUUUAGUCUGUUUGCCAUGAGUACUGUGAAUCGGGAAUGUAAAGCAACGUAUUAAAGUACAUUUGUGUCCAAUA